AUGUCUGGUAGAGGGAAAGGUGGUAAGGGGCUGGGCAAAGGGGGAGCCAAGCGGCACCGUAAAGUCCUUCGUGAUAAUACCCAGGGCAUCAUGAAGCCAGCUAUCUGGAGCCUGGCCUACCAUGGGGGCAUCAAGUGCAUCUCCGGUCUCAUAUACAAAGAGGUUCAAGGAGUCCUGAAGGUUUUCUUGGAAAAUGUUAUCAGGGACUCGGUCACCUACACUGAGCACGCCAAUCGCAAGACGGUGACGGCCAUGGAUGUGGUGUACUCACUAAAGUGCCAAGGGUGGAUCUUGUAUGGUUUCGGUGGUUGA